GAGCGAUCUCGUCUCGUUCAGUUUGUGGCGUACGCUCUAGCCCUGCGGGUGUGCUGGUGAUCGUGAUCGUGUUGGAAGGACGUGCUGGCAAGGACGACGGCGCCUGUUUGAAAGCAUCGCACGAUUCCUUUUGGCAAUGCGCAAGCGCAAAGUGCAAACAAAUGUUCGAGUGACAAGUGUGCAACAGAAAUAAAUAUACAAAUUAAAACUCAAGUGAUAAACAUUUCAAGUGCUUGGCCAACGAAAGCAAACUUCUAAAUAUCUGUGCAAGCAAUACAUGAGGAGCAGCGCCAAACGCUGUCGAUUACUAUAUAGAUAGCACCAGCGGCGAAAUGGAUUUAUCGAGGCGGUUGCGAAUAACUGCCUUGAUAGCAUUCAUAUUAAUAAUAUGUGUACCAGACUCACAGAGUAGAUUCCCUGGACUACGCGCAAAAAGACAAUAUGGCGCCAAUCUUUAUUUACCCGCUAGCUACGUGAUCCCGGGCGGAGAGGGCGACGAUCCUAGCGAGUGGACUGACUGGAGCUCACCCUCGGAGUGCUCGCGCACCUGUGGAGGCGGUGUUUCCUAUCAGACGCGUGAAUGUCGCCGUAGAGAUGCGAAUGGCGACGAUAUGUGCAGCGGCGGCAGUCGCCGUUACUAUUCAUGCAACACGCAGGACUGCCCUGAGGAGGAGCCAGAUUUCAGAGCUAUGCAGUGCUCGCGCUUCGAUUACACCAAAUUCGAUGGCGUGCUCUACACUUGGGUGCCGUACACCAAUGCGGCGAAUCCAUGUGAGCUGAACUGCAUGCCGAAGGGUGAGCGCUUCUACUACCGCCAGAAAGAGAUGGUGGUGGAUGGUACACGGUGCAAUGAUAAGGAUCUGGACGUCUGCGUCAAUGGCCAGUGCCUGCCCGUUGGCUGCGACAUGAUGCUGGGCAGUGAUGCCAAGGAGGACAAGUGCCGCAAGUGCGGCGGCGAUGGCAGCACUUGCAAAACAAUUAAGAACAUCUAUGCAUCCAGUGAUCUGUCUGCUGGCUACAACGAUUUGCUGCUUGUGCCCCAGGGCGCAACCAAUAUUCGCAUUCAGGAGACAGCGCCCUCGAAUAACUAUCUUGCCUGUCGCAACCAGUCUGGACACUAUUACCUAAAUGGUAACUGGCGUAUUGAUUUUCCUCGUCCCAUGUUUUAUGCGGGCGCCUGGUGGAACUAUGAGCGCAAGCCAUUGGGAUUUGCGGCACCCGAUCAACUGACAUGCAGCGGUCCCAUAACCGAAAGCAUCUACAUCAUAAUGUUGGUGCAGGAUAAGAAUGUGAGCGUGGAGUACGAGUACAGUAUACCCGAGUCCUUGAGCCAUAGCCAGCCAGAUGCACAUACAUGGACGCAUCGUGAAUUUGGCCCCUGCAGUGCAUCGUGCGGAGGCGGAACGCAGUCUCGUCAAGUUACUUGCAAUAAUCGUAUUAACCUACAAGAAGUCGAUGAGGCCUUAUGCGAGGCUCAUACCAAGCCGGCUGAAACUCAGGCCUGUGGUACAGAGCCAUGCGCACCACAUUGGGUUGAAGGCGUAUGGGGUAAGUGCUCCAAGGGCUGCGGAUCCGAUGGUUUCCAAAAUCGCACGGUAACUUGCGAGCGCAUUUCGUCUGACGGUGUUCAUACUGCGGAAGAUGAUGCAGUUUGCCUUAAGGAAGUUGGAAAUAAGCCAGCAACAGCUCAGGAGUGCAAUCGAGAUGUCAAGAACUGUCCGAAAUAUCACCUCGGUCCCUGGAAACCGUGCGACAAGCUUUGCGGCGAGGGCAAACAAACUCGUAAAGUCACCUGCUUCAUUGAGGAAAAUGGUCACAAGCGCGUUCUGCCUGAGGAAGACUGCGUGGAGGACAAGCCUGAAGUGGAAAGGGCCUGUCUAUUGGCACCAUGUGAGGGUGUAGACUGGAUUAUAUCCCAGUGGAGUGGUUGUGAUGCCUGCGGACAGACUACAGAAACUCGUACUGCCGUAUGCGGCUCAAAGGAUGGUAAGGUGUACCCAGACAAGUUUUGUGGAGACAAGGCCCCUGAACUGACCAGAUCGUGCACUUCGUCAAAGUGUGAAUCCCAAUGGUUUUCAUCAGAGUGGAGCAAGUGCUCAGCGGCAUGUGGAAAGGGCGCUCAAUCGCGUAUUGUCCUAUGUGGAAUUUUUGAUGGCAAACAGAUAAAAACCACAGAUGACUCCAAGUGUGAUGCGGCAACAAAACCAAAGACUGAUCAAGAGUGUGAAGGUGAAGAAAAAGAAUGCCCUGGUCAAUGGUUUACUGGACCUUUUGGUCAAUGCAGCAAGCCUUGCGGUGGAGGAGAGCGUGUUCGUGAGGUUUUGUGUUUGUCCAAUGGCACCAAGUCCCUCAACUGCGAUGAGUCGAAGGUUGAAUCAAUUUCUGAAAAGUGUAAUACUCAGCCCUGCACCAAGGAUCAAGUCCUGCCUCUUACGAGCACUGAUAAGCCGAUCGAGGAUGAUGAAGAAGAAUGCGAAGAUGAUGAUGAGUUUGUUUUGGUUGACUCAGACGUAACUGAUGUCACUGAUGAUGACUCAGAAGCAAUGUCAACAACCGACGAUUUGAUGUUGAGCGAUAGUCCUUACACAACUUCAGAAGACGCCUCGGCCUCUACCGACAGCACUGUCGAAGGAUCUGGCUCAGAUAGCACUUCUGAUAGUGGAUUUGAGGGCAGUGGAAGUGAAUCCACAAGUGAAGUAUCUACUUCAUCUGACGAAUCUUCCACUGGAGCAACUGAUUGGUCUACUGAAUCUAGUGGCUCGUCUGCCAUCAGUGAAUCGACGUCAGAAGCCUCAUCAUCAUCGGUGUCUGGAGUUACCUCAGAUUCCUCCACAAGUGAAGCUUCAAGUGGUUCAACCGAUGUUUCAGGUUCAACGGAAGAGUCAAGCUUAGGCACUACGGACGCAAGUUCGAGCGAUGCAUCGAGCUCAACAGAAGUUUCAGGCUCGACAGAAAUCUCAAGCGCGACGGAAGUCUCUGGUACAACAGAUAUCUCAAGUUCAACAGAUGCUUCCAGCUCAACAGACGUCUCAGGCUCGACGGAAGUCUCAAGCUCAACAGACGCCUCAGGCUCAACAGAUAUCUCUAGCUCGACUGAGGCCUCAAGUUCGACAGACGCCUCGGGCUCGACGGAUGCGUCAAGCUCUACGGAUGCCUCAAGCUCCACUGACAUUUCAAGUGCAACAGAUUCUUCAGGUUCUACUGAUGGUUCUUCCAGUGGAUUUACAGACUUGCCUCUCGAAGCUUCAUCUUCGGGAAGCUCUGAAUCUAGUAGCUCAACAGAGGGUGUUUCGUCUACAUCAGAAUCAAGCAGCGAUGCAACUAAAGAUACAACAGAAGUAUCCUCUUCUACUGAUACUUCGUCGUCGACAGAGUCAUCUGUAUCUACGGAUACGACUGUCUCGUCAUCAACGGAAUCUACAUCAGAGCUUUCGACGGAAUCAACCGAGUCGACUAGUUCGCCAGGCUCAACUGAAAGUACAACAGAGGGCAGCUCAUCAGCAUCUGCUGAUUCAUCCUCUUCUGGUAUCACUGAAUCCACCAGUUCAGGAUCAACGGAUAGCACCAAGCAAGAUUCUACAGAUGAAUCUACAACAAAUGCAAGUAGCAGUUCUGCAGAUGGUUCAACGGAUAGUACUACAGAGGGUGUCAGUACUGGUUCGACUGAUGGCUUGACAGAGACUUCAACAGAUGGUUCAACUGAUAAUUUAAGUAGUGGCUCUACUGAUGGCUCAUCUGGAGGCUCGACAGAUGGCUCGACGGAUGUUACGACCGAUAGCUCUACAGACAGCUCAUCUAAUGGCUCCACUGACACAACUAACGCUUCCGAGUCUACUGAAUCACAGAGCACUGGCGUCACAGAAAGUACUUCAGAGGGCUCUAGCUCUGGAUCCACUAUUGAAGGUAGCUCUAGUUCCACUGACAGCUCAAGCUCUACCGAUAGUUCAGCUUCCACGGACAUUUCUGGCUCCACUGAUAGCUCAACAAUUGGCUCUACAGAAUCUUCCGCUACUACCGACAGCUCUACCGAUGUUUCUUCCACUGAUAUAAGUUCUUCCGAGUCUUCUGACUCAACAGCGACAACGGAGAGUGGAGCUACUACCGAAAGUGGAGGCACUACCGAAAGUGGAGGCACUACAGAUACUACAUCUGAGAGCUCUACUGAUUCUACUGGCUCUACCGACUCAACGGGUAGUUCACUAUCUACAGAAACAAGCUCUACCAGCGAUAUUUGGAGCACAUCUGACUCCGAUGAUGAAACGAGUACACCUCACACCUGGGAGACAACUCUUACGCCAAAGAAAGACAAGUUACGGAAAUGUAAGUCGAAGAAGAAGAGUUGUGCUAAGACUGAAUUCGGUUGUUGUCCUGAUGGCAAGUCGACAGCUAAAGGACCAUUUGAUGAGGGUUGUCCCAUUGCGAAAACAUGUGCUGACACAGAGUUUGGCUGCUGUUCAGAUGGAGUCUCUCCAGCUAAGGGCAAAAGAAAUAAGGGCUGUCCGAAAUCAAAUUGCGCCGAGACACUCUUCGGUUGCUGCCCAGAUAAAUAUACAGCUGCAGAGGGUGAAGAUAAUGAGGGAUGCCCUGAGCCAACAACUUUGCCGCCAACAACCACUGAAGAAUCGACUAUUUCGAUAUCGACAGACGUUGAGGGCUCUGGUGAUUCUAACUCGUCCACGGAGUCAGACACCGCGGUUACCUCUUGCUCCUUUACUGAAUUCUACUGCUGUCCCGAUGGCAAGACUCCUGCUAAGGGCGAGAACUUUGCUGGCUGCCCACAGCUUGGUGGCGCUCCGGGCUGUGAACAAUCUGAACACGGUUGUUGCCCUGAUCGGCGUACUGCCGCUGCCGGCCCUGAUGGCCAAGGCUGCGCUGCGUGCACUAGCGAACCAUUCGGCUGCUGUCCAGACAAUGAGACUCCUGCUCACGGCCCACAGGGAGAAGGCUGCUGCCUUAAUACAGAGUUUGGCUGCUGCCCCGACAACAUUCGUCCUGCAUACGGGCCCAACUUUGAGGGCUGCGAGUGUGCGUCCUCUCCAUACGGCUGUUGUGCAGAUCAGAAGACUUCCGCACGUGGACCACAACAGGAGGGCUGUCCAUGUGAGACUACUCCAUAUGGUUGCUGUCCGGACAAAAUCACCGCUGCCAGAGGACCCAAAUUUGAAGGCUGUCCAUGCGAAUCAAUGCAGUUUGGUUGCUGUCCCGACGGUCUUUCCUUUGCCAAGGGACCGCAUAACCAGGGAUGCCACUGCGCCCAGACAGAAUUCAAAUGCUGUGAGGAUGGUAAGACACCAGCUAAAGGACCAAACUUUGAAGGCUGCACCUGUGUGGAGACCGAGUACGGCUGUUGUCCAGAUGGCGUUACAAAGGCUCAGGAUGACAAGUUUGGCGGUUGCGAAAAUGUUCAAGAGCCACCGCAGAAGGCUUGUGGCUUACCUAAGGAACAGGGUACUUGCGGCAAUUUCAGCGUCAAGUAUUACUUUGAUACUUCUUAUGGCGGCUGUGCUCGAUUCUGGUACGGCGGCUGUGAGGGCAAUGGCAAUCGCUUUGAGACCGAGGCCGAUUGUAAGGAUACGUGCCAGGAAUACACCGGACAGCAUGUUUGCCUGUUGCCAAAGAGUUCCGGUCCUUGCCAGGGCUACUCUAAGAAAUGGUACUUCGAUACAGACCGCAAUCGUUGCGAGGAGUUCCAAUACGGCGGAUGCUAUGGCACUAACAAUCGCUUCGACAGUCUAGAACAGUGUCAGUCCACUUGUGCCAUAAGUGAGACCCUGCCCGCCUGUGAGCAACCUGUGGAAAGUGGACCCUGUGCCGGCAACUAUGAGCGUUGGUACUACGAUAACCAGACCGACGUGUGUCGUCCGUUCACCUAUGGUGGUUGCAAGGGCAACAAAAACAACUAUCCUACUGAACACGCUUGCAUCUACAGUUGUCGACAGCCCGGAGUUCUGAAAGAGCAAUGCUCCUUGCCUAAGCAAACCGGUGAUUGCAGCGAGAAACAUGCCAGAUGGCAGUUCUCAGAAACAGAAAAACGUUGCGUGCCCUUCUACUACUCGGGCUGUGGCGGAAAUAAAAACAAUUUCCCCACACUGGAAUCAUGCGAGGAUCAUUGUCCUCGACAAGUUGCCAAGGAUAUUUGCGAUAUUCCCGCUGAGGUUGGCGAGUGCGCCAACUACGUAUUCGCAUGGUACUACGAUACCAAGGAUGCCGCUUGCCGUCAGUUCUACUAUGGCGGUUGCGGUGGCAAUGAGAAUCGUUUCACCAGCGAAGAGGCGUGCAUGGCUCGAUGCGAAAAGAAACCAGAGCCACCAACACCUCCUCCACCACAGAGUGCCGUACAUGUCUGUGAUCAGCCGGAGGAGCGUGGUGACUGUGACAAUUACUCACUCAAGUGGAGCUUUGACAGAUCUAGUGGUGCUUGUCGUCAAUUCUACUAUGGUGGUUGCGGAGGCAAUGGUAAUCGCUUUGAGACCGAAUCCGACUGCUUGCAGCGUUGCGGUAGACAACCAGAGCCUGAGCGACAGCCUCAGCCUGAGCCACAACCCCAGCAACCCCAACCAUCUGGCAGCCUUUGCGAGCAGCCAGCGUCUGUGGGCGACUGCGCGGAAUAUGUGCUGAAGUGGAGCUAUAAUUCGACUCUAGGUAGCUGCCAGCAAUUCUACUAUGGCGGCUGUGGAGGCAAUGAAAAUCGCUUUGAGACCGAAGAGGAUUGCUCCGCACGUUGCAUUGCAGGCAUUGAUGAAGAACCGCGUCCUGGAUCCGAAACGGACAAGUGCUUCAGGGGGCCAGAACCAGGAAACUGUUAUGAGAAUAUAACGCGCUGGUAUUACAAUAGCCAGGAGGGACUCUGCGAUGAGUUCGUUUACAGCGGAUGUGGUGGCAACGACAAUAACUUCGACACCGAGGAGGACUGCCAGAAUGAUUGCCAUCCAGCACAGGAGACCUGCUCCCUUCCCCCAGUAGCAGGACGCUGCAAUGACAACUCAAAUCGCUGGUACUUCGAUGGACGCACAGGCGCAUGCCAUCAGUUCGUGUUUACGGGCUGCCGCGGCAAUCGGAACAACUUUGUGACUGAGCAAUCUUGCUUAGAAUACUGCCGUCGUGAUCAGCCACAUCCAGAGCCGGAACCAGAGCCCCCAGCACCAUCCUAUUCAGUGUGCACACAGCCAGCUGAGGCCGGAGAGUGCGACAACCAUACCACCGCCUGGUUCUAUGACAAUGAGAAGAUGCUCUGCACCGCCUUCAUCUAUAGCGGCUGUGGUGGUAAUGGUAAUCGCUUUGAGACCCGUGACCAGUGCGAGCGCCAAUGCGGCGAGUUCAAGGGUGUCGAUGUUUGCAAUGAACCGGUGACGACGGGACCCUGCACACAGUGGCAGACCCGCUACUACUACAAUCGCGAUAGUCAAAGCUGCCAGCCCUUCACCUACGGUGGCUGCGAUGGCACGGGCAAUCGAUUCAACGAUCUCUAUGAGUGUGAGUCGGUUUGCCUCGGUGGCCGCGAGCCGUUGCCUUCGGGUGCGGCUAAAGAUAUCUGCCGACUUCCGGUGAUCCCCGGAGUGUGUAACGGCCCCUCGGUGCAGGAGCGUCGUUGGUACUACGAUGAUGAGCGUGGCACUUGCAUAUCCUUUAUUUACUCUGGUUGCUCUGGCAACCAGAACAACUUCCGUUCCUUUGAAGCAUGCACAAAUCAAUGCGGAAAGCCCAUCGACAACGAGAUCGUCAACGAAAUCUCACCCAGCCGUUGCGAAACGUAUGAUAAUGAAUGCCGUGAUCUGCGCUGCCCGUACGGCGUGCGUCGCGUGCCAGCUGAAUCGCAGCCAGAGUGUGAACAGUGCAUCUGCCUGAACCCUUGCGAGGGCUAUCCGUGCCCUGACGGUCAACAGUGUGCCAUCGAUGUAUCCAAUUCGGGAGGUCGCGACAAUCAGUUCGUGCCUGUCUGCCGUGAUAUCAUCAAGCCAGGCCUCUGCCCACAGCUGACGGCCAAUGCCAGCGAAUGCGCUCGUGAAUGCUAUACCGAUGCCGAUUGUCGUGGCGACAACAAAUGCUGCAGCGACGGCUGUGGCCAUCUGUGCGUUGCUCCGGCGCGUCCCACCCGUCGCCCCAGCACUCCUCCCCCCGUUGUUAUCUACCCAGGCGAAGUGAAAGCCACACUGGAGUCCAAGGCGCCACAGGACGUGGAUGUGCACACAUCAGUGGGUGGUAUUGCAGUACUCCGUUGCUUCGCAACUGGCAAUCCGGCACCGAAUAUUACGUGGUCAUUAAAGAAUGUUGUUAUUGACACAAACCAAGGCCGUUAUGUGCUGACUUCAAACGGUGAUCUAACCAUUGUCCAGGUGCGACAAACCGAUGACGGCACCUACGUCUGCGUGGCCAGCAAUGGCCUGGGCGAGCCAGUGCGUCGCGAGGUCGCACUACAAGUGACGGAGGCUAGAGAUGUACCGGCCUAUAUCUUGGGUGUCAAGAACGUCACCCAAAUUGUGCAAUUGAAUCAACCUGCUUUGGUUCGUUGCCCGGCUGGUGGUUAUCCUGCACCGCAUGUCAGCUGGUGGCGAAACAAUCAACACUUUGGCAUGGGUCCCGAAACAAGUCGCGCCGUAAUGAACCGCGACUACUCGCUUUACUUCCGAUCGGUACAGCUGUCCGAUCUGGGCCUGUACACAUGCGAUGCGUACAACACCGGACGCCCUGUCUCGCUGCACGUAACGCUGAAGGCUAUUGGUCCAGCUAUUGCUCAAAGCGCUGGCGAUGAUAAAUACUUGCAGUAUAUCAUAAACCCACCAAAGGCACCGGUCACUCAAAGGCCCACCUAUCCCUACAGACCUUCGCGUCCGGUCUAUGUGCCACCCCCUGUAGUGCAUGAUCCCAGAAUCGAUGCCCGUGCUGUUAUUGGCUUGAAUCCGCAAAACAAAUACACGCCCGGCUCCACAAUUGCGAUGGACUGCGCCGUGCAGGGUAAUCCGGCCCCGAACGUGACCUGGACUAAGGAUAACACGCCCUUGUACAACAACGACCGUGUUCAAAUAACUGCCAAUCCGCAUCGUUUGGUCGUCAGCGAUGUUACAACCGAGGAUAGUGGCAUCUAUGGCUGCACAGCGCGAAAUGCCUACAGCUACAGCACCAGCCAGGAGACAGUCACAAUCGAGUCUGUCGUUCCACUGUCGCCCGAGUGCAUUGACAAUCCCUACUUUGCCAACUGCAAGCUGAUUAUACAGGGCCAUUACUGCGUGAACAAGUACUAUGCGCAGUUCUGCUGCAGAUCCUGCACAUUGGCUGGCCAAAUCUCGCAGCCUCAUCCCAAUGCGCUUUAAUUCCAUACAAAAAAACUUACCAAACUUUCGAGCCUAACAUUUUUGUUGGACCUUUGCAAUGAAUUGAGUUUAAACCAGAAAAUAUUCAGAGAAUGAGCAACGUCACAAACCAUAGAUAGACCAAAAAUACCGCCAACUGCAUAGCCCACAGAUCAAAUAUAUAACGAAUGUUUUUCUAAGUAAAACAAUAUGCAUAAAUAGCCGAUAAACGAUAAUUUCUUCCAGCACAAAAGAAAAUAGUAUUAGUACUUUAUAUUUUUUGUUCCUAUUUAUUCUUGAUUUAAAUUCAAUCCAUAGAAGAAAGUGGCUAAAACUUAUUUUCAUUUGAUAUCUAUUACUUAGUGUUUUUUUCUACGAUAUUUGUGCAACGAGUAAAGCAAUUUAAGCCUAAAAAUAUUUGUAAAUAAAUUAAAAUUAUAUAAUAAAGAGUGCAUAUGUAUAAAUAAUA